CACCUUCCGCUCGCCGAUAGCACCUCGAACAGCAAUAAAGGUGAAAUAAAACUGGCGCGAUCCGCCGUGCGCAUCCCGCCGCUCACGUGUCUGGCGCAGCAGCCGACCAGCUUUGUUUUGGUUUUUUUUUUUUUAGUAAACACCGCGACUCGAAGCCCAAGGAACGCAACCUCGUUUCCCUUCGUUUCCUCCUCUAUGGCACGGCUGGGGGCGUUAUAGCAGGGGAAAAAACGAGAGCUAGACUUCGUAAGGUGUGGCACUACAAUGAGUUUUUCUGAGGUACGAACCAUGGGAGGCAGUGUAGGUACUGGCGUAGGCAUGGGGGCAGCCAACCUGGGGCAUCUCCCUGUUGAGGAAGUGGACCAGGCUGUUGUUCCUCCACCUCCCCCUCCUCCCAUGUUCAGCAGUUUCCAGACAGCCUCUCUCUCCUCCUCUCCUGCAGGUUUCCCCCCCAUCUCACGUCCAAACAUAGGCAGCAUGUGGGGCAUUGGGGGCUUCACCUCACCAGCCCUGCCCACCCCACCCGCAGUCACCCCAAAUACCAUAGCAUCAACCCUCGGAAAUCCCCAGAUGCCCAGUGUGACCUUCUUCAAUUCCAGAGCGCCAAUGGGCUUCAAUUUUAGAAUGGCUGGGUCACACUUAGGCACUCCUUACGUUUACAAGCGGAAGCCAGAGGACGAGCUAGAAGAGGUCAAACCUGUGGUGAAGCAACACAUAACAGAAGAGAAGAUGUCAGCUCACCUGAAUGCUCUUCAUUUGUCCGAGAGUUAUUGCAAUCACAAACUAGGAAAGAAGGGUUUGCCUAGUGAAGCAGAGCUCUCUGAAGAUGCUGACGAGGGUCUGGGCCACUUUGGGGAAGAUCAGGAGGGGAUGCUGCUGGAUGCCAAGGGCCCCAUGCGUCUCAUCAUUUCCGACGAGGUGAAGCAGGUUGUGCCUGGAGAAUCACAGCUCCCUGCAUCAUUAUUAAAAAAUUAACACAACCCAGCAUGGAGGUGGUACUAUGGAGACCUCCCGGUGAUGUUAUAAGAAAUAUCAUAUCAACAAAUGUUAGUCUAGAAGACAAGAAUGGAGAAACCAACACAUCAGAACCUGUUGAUACGCCAGACUCAGCGCAGAGGGGUGAAACCUCAGCCAGCAGCUCCCCAGACUCUGGGAUCUCAGUGUCAUCCCCACCUCCAUCCCUGUCCUUCUUGGGCCAGC